UGCUUUGGAGCACGAUUACGCAAAUCUAGUCCCGAAUCUGCCGGCACGCAUAUCAAGCGAUCGCUCGUUUUGCGCAGAAUAACACACAUAAUAACAACAAAUAGCACGCGCUUCAUUUCCAAAAUAAUGGCCGAAAUAGAUCUGUCACCUGCAAAGGACAAGGGUGUAUUAAAGGAAAUUAUCAAGGAAGGAGAAGGAGAUGAAACUCCUACAACCGGUUGCAAAGUAAAAGUUCAUUAUACUGGUACCUUGUUAGAUGGAACAAAAUUUGAUUCCAGCAAAGACAGGGACAAACCGUUCAAAUUUGAUCUUGGACGUGGCAGCGUUAUUAAAGCAUGGGACAUUGGUAUAGCUAGUAUGAAAAAAGGUGAAGUUGCUAUACUGACGUGUGCACCCGAAUAUGCUUAUGGCAAGGAUGGUAGUCCACCAUCAAUCCCACCAGAUGCUACUCUGAAAUUUGAAGUCGAGCUGCUUGAUUGGCAAGGAGAAGAUCUAAGCCCGAACAAGGAUAAAAGCAUUGAAAGAUUCCAGAUUGUUGCUGGAAAACCUUAUGCUAAUCCAGAAGAUGGUGCUCAAGUGAACAUACAUUUGGUUGGAAAGUAUAACGGACAGGUGUUUGAAGAGAGAGAUGUAGAAUUUACUCUCGGAGAAGGAGAAGUUGUAGGAAUUGUAGAAGGUGUAGAAAUAGCACUGCAGCGUUUUUUGAAUGGAGAGAAAUCUAGACUUUUAAUUAAAAGUAAAUAUGCAUUUAAGGAACAAGGAAAUGCUGAGUUUAAUAUUCCACCAAAUGCAGAUGUGGAAUAUGAAGUAGAAUUAAAGAGCUUUGAGAAAGAAACAGGCAUAUGGUCAAUGAAGCCAAUAGAAAAGAUAGAGCAAGCAAAGAUACAGAAAGAAAAAGGAACAAAAUAUUUUACAUCCGAUAAAAUCAAUUUAGCUAUUAAAGUGUAUCAAAAAGUUUUCAAAUAUUUAGAAACUAAAUCGGAUUUCGAAGAUGAUCUCGCGAAAGAGCGAGAUAAUCUGGCGUUAACUACUCAUUUAAAUCUCGCUUUGUGUUAUUUAAAAACCGAUGAGAAUCUUUUAGUAAAAGAACAAUGUACUAAAGCCUUAGAAUUGGAUCCUGAAAAUGAAAAAGCCUUGUUCAGAAGAGGACAAGCACAUCUUAAGCUUGCAUCACCUGAAGAUGCUAUCAUAGAUUUCCAACAGGUUCUAAAAGUACAGCCGAAAAAUACGGCCGCGUCUAAACAAAUCUCAGUUUGUAAUUACCUUAUUAAGAAGCAAUUAGCUAAAGAGAAGAAACUUUAUGCAAACAUGUUUGAUAAGUUUGCGCAAGAGGAUAAACAGAAGGAGGAGCAAAAACUGAAGGAACAACCGGAUGUGAUGCAUGGAACUCUAGGAGAAUGGGGACAGGAAGAAAGACCUGGAGGUAGAGACGCGACUGCCUUUGAAAAGGAAAAUCCUAACAUACUUAUGCUCAACGCUAAUGGUUCUGGUGAAUUCAAAAACAUGUAAACAAUGGCCUUUUUUCUUAUUUCUUUACACUGCCCCAUGUAACUGCCAGCAAACUGAUCUAUCUUGUCAAAUUUUAUUUUCGGUGUCUUUUUAAAUACUAUUAUCUUUACAAAAAUUUAACUAUGUCUUACACAUUGACAAAUAUACUGAGACUCUGCUAAAAUUUUUAAAUAAUUCUUUUUUAUCAUCUACAUGAAUCACAAAUUAUGUCUCUUUAUCAGUGUGUAUGAUUAUUAUGCAAAAUUUUUUAACAACACAUUCUCUUUUUUCAAAGAAUGAAUAGAGAGUCGAGUAUUUCUUAAAGAAAAAAAAUCGUCUUAUUAAUAGAAUACAAUUUCAAGACAUGACUAUGUCAUGCCUAUUGUAUUGUGAUGUAUUAUCACAUUUUGAAUUUGUACAAAAUUAUGUAUAACAAUUAUGAUAUCAUCAAAUUCAAAAUAUGCCAUUCCAUUGUACAAUGCCAUUGUUUUUAAAAUUUACUCUAGUAUAUUAAUUAAUAUGU